AUGGCUGCUGCUCAAGUUCAGGUCUCCGAGCCCAAGAAGCUCGAGGGAUUCUCUCUCUACUCUCGUUUCGCCCUCGCUGGUGCCGUCUGCUGCUCCGUCACCCACGGUGGUCUGACUCCCGUCGAUGUCGUCAAGACCCGUAUCCAGCUCGACCCCGCUACCUACAACCGCGGUCUCAUCGGUGGUUUCCGCCAGGUUAUUCAGAAUGAGGGUGCUGGCGCUCUCCUGACCGGUGCUGGUCCUACCUUUGCCGGUUACUUCCUGCAGGGUGCUUUCAAAUUCGGUGGUUACGAGUUCUUCAAGGCCCAGUUCAUCAACCAGCUCGGCCUUGAGACUGCCUCCAACAACCGCACUGCCAUUUACCUGGCCUCCUCUGCCGCCGCCGAGUUCUUCGCCGACAUUGCCCUCUGCCCUCUUGAGGCUACCCGUAUCCGUCUUGUCUCCGAGCCCACCUAUGCCAACGGCCUUGUUGGUGGUUUCUCCAAGAUGCUGAAGAACGAGGGUAUCGGUGCUUUCUACGCCGGUUUUGGACCCAUCCUGUUCAAGCAGAUCCCUUACACCAUGGCCAAGUUCGUCGUUUUCGAGAAGGUCUCUGAGGCCGUCUUCCGUGCCUUCCCCAAGGAGGACAUGUCCGGCGGCAUGCAGACCACUGCCAACCUGGGCUCUGGUCUCAUUGCUGGUUUCGCUGCUGCCAUCGUUUCCCAGCCUGCCGACACCAUGCUUUCCAAGAUCAACAAGACCAAGGGCCUUCCCGGUGAGGGCACCACCUCCCGUCUGAUCAAGAUCGGCAAGGAGCUCGGCCUCCGUGGCUCCUACACCGGUAUUGGUGCCCGUCUGUUUAUGGUCGGAACCCUGACCGCUGGUCAGUUUGCCAUCUACGGUGACCUGAAGAAGGCUCUUGGCGCCGUUGGCGGUGUUGAGAUUGCCAAAUAA